AUGUCCCGGGGACCAUUAAGUAAGGUGUCCAGUUUGAAGAAAUUGCCGGUAGCGGAAAAAUUGUUGAAGAAAAGUGGCUCCAAGUGGGCUCAGAAACCAGUGUACACUCUCCGAGAAACAAGGACCCCUGGACAACACUCCAGACAAAAAGUCGAACUCAGAGAAAAGGAGACUGGAGUGAAGAGGUACAGUCUACGGGAAAGAAAGGACCAUGUGUACCAAGAGGUCAGCGAGCCUGAGGAUGAUGACUACCUCUAUUGCCAGGAAUGUCAGGACUUCUUCAUUGACAGAUGUGCUGCCCACGGCCCCCCAACCUUUGUAAAAGACACUGCAGUUGAAAAGGGGCAUGCCAACCGCUCAGCACUUACUUUGCCCCCUGGGUUAAGUAUCAGACUGUCAGGCAUCCCUGAGGCUGGACUUGGAGUAUGGAAUGAGGCAUCCAAUCUGCCUCUAGGCCUGCACUUUGGUCCCUACGAAGGCCAGGUCACAGAAGAUGAAGAGGCCGCCCACAGUGGAUAUUCCUGGAUGAUCACCAAAGGAAGAAACAGCUACGAAUAUGUGGAUGGGAAGGACACGUCUUUGGCCAAUUGGAUGAGGUGA